AUGGGAAAGAGCAAGGUUCUUGUUGUGGGGGGAACUGGGUAUGUGGGAAGGAGGAUAGUGAAAGCAAGUCUAGAACAAGGGCAUCAAACCUAUGUUCUUCAACGUCCAGACUUAGGGUUAGAUAUCGACAAGUUGCAGAUGCUGCUUUCAUUCAAGAAGCAAGGUGCUCACCUUGUGGAGGCUUCUUUUUCUGAUCACCAGAGCUUGGUCGAUGCUGUGAAACUUGUGGAUGUUGUCAUUUGCACCAUGUCUGGGGUUCAUUUUCGCUCUCACAACUUGUUGCUGCAGCUUCAACUUGUUGAGGCCAUCAAAGUUGCAGGAAAUGUCAAGGAUGGAUUAACCGGGGAUAGACAAUAUAUUUAA